AUCGGCAGUGCAGAACAAGCCAUCACAGGCGUGGUUAGAAAAGGUAGCAAGGUCAACGUCCCUGGUGCUAAUAGUGACACCGUGAACAACCACACCUAUGGCAUGGGAUACAAAGAAGUGGUGAGUGACGCCGCUGUUAGAGUGGAGAGCGACACCAUUACGAAGGAGUGGUGGGUGGCGCCAACUCCAUGGGUGACGUCCUCGGCAGCAAGAGAUGUUGGGUUAUCGGAGACACCGAAGAGGGAGGCUUCCAAGAGGAAGACGUCUAGGAGGGAGGUGCCCAAGAGGGAGGCGUUGGCUUCAUUGGAGACGGCACCCUGGGCACAAACAUCGAUGCAAACAGCGCUGCUUCGGGUUACGAGCCAAGGGUUGGCGCCCACAGUGUGUCUGAAGGGGGUGAGCUCGUAG